CUUCUGAAUGGAGUGUCUUUAACGUGAGAGUGGAGGACUUAACUUUCAGCACGAAAAUAUGAGAGCCAUGCAUUCGGUCCUGGUCGGUGCCUUUCUGACCCUGCUGCUCUGCCUCCCCAGCCCCGCUCUAGGAGUAUCCUACUUUGGGGACAGCCACUGCAAUGUACAGGCCUUCCAAGAUGUCUCCUCCUUCCACCUGUCUCUGCAGAUCAAGACGAGUCGGCGCAGCGGGCUGCUGCUACUGGCUGCAGGGAAGGAGGACUACCUGUUCCUUGAGCUGCAGAAUGGGAAAAUACAGGCUCGGAUGAACAUGGGGAAUGACGAGGUGACACUUUCUUCAUCCCAAGGAGUUCAGCUGAACAACCUUCUGGAGCACAAAGUCUCCCUCACACUGCAAGACGGCAAACUCACCAUGACCAUUGAUGAGCUCUUCUCGACGUACGUUCCUGUGGAGGAUGAUGAAGAACUGCUAAAUAUUGACAUGGGCAUUUGGCUUGGAGGAACAGGAGACUUGGAUACUCACUACCUCAGCAAUGCCAUUCCCCCUUUCCGUGGCUGCAUGACUGAGGUCAAAUUUGAGUCCCACCAGUUUGAUAUCCUCAGCGCAGUGUAUAAAGACUGCCAUCACACGAAGGACUCCUGCAGCACUGAGUUUGAGGCUGUUGAUGGGGAGGCAAUUAGUUUCAGCACUCCUGAUUCCUUUGUGUCUUUCCCCACCUGGAGCGGGGCUAGUGGUGCCCCGAGGGCCCUCGAAUUCCUAAUGAAGACAACCAUCGAGGAUGCUCUACUUCUUUUCCACCCUGGCAGAGAGUCUGACUUUGUAGCUGUUGGUGUUGUGAAAGGCUUUCUCAAAGGUAUGCUGGACGUCGGAAAUGGCUUGGAGAUCCUGGAGAAUACCCAGGUGCAGCUGGAUGAUGAUCAGUGGCAUAGAGUUAAGGUUGAAGUCAGUCCGGAUUCAUUUGUCAUCAAUGUAGAUAGCCAGUCUUCCUCCCUCCCUCUUGAUUCAUCACAACAAUUGGACUUGGUUGGAAACUUGUAUUUGGGAGGCAUCCAGGGGAGAAUGAAGGAUGUGUUUCGUGAGAGCGGGUCCUUAAGUCAAGUAGAGGAAGAAAUGACAGCCGAAUCCUUCAUUGGUUGUUUGGGAGAAAUCAAAGUUAAUCAGAAGGAUAGAAGCCUGCAGGAUGCUUUGAUCACCAAAGAUAUUCAUGUUAAAUGUGAAGGAGAGGACUAUGACUACUCAAGUUACUAUGAAAUAGACUUAACUACAACUUCUCCCCCUGUUCAAAUCAAAUAUGCUGAUAAAGACAUCCUUGAUCAGCAUUGCUAUCCAACAGAUGACACACCAGAGAUAUACAGAAAUGUAACACAACUUCUUGAUGUCACUACACUACUCGUGCCUGAAGGUGGAGACGCUUUAAUUGAUAUCAACAACCUACUCCCCACAUUUGACCUCAGUGCUGCAGGACUGAGAGAGUCUCAGAUCAUAUUUACUCUCCAGAGUGAUCCCCUGUAUGGCUUGGUUGAUAUGAACACAAACACAAGACGCACACAAAGGUUCACUCUUCUCGAUAUUGUCGAUAAGAAGAUCAAGUAUAUGCAUGAUGGAAAUGAACGGCAUACAGAUCAAAUCCAGCUGCAGGUUGUUGUUCAAAGUAAUGACUUCCUCCCUGAAUGUUUGAAGACUUCUCAGGAGUAUGUCCUUCCAGUUGAAAUUCUUCCCGUUAAUGACAUACCACAACUUGGUGGAGGAGAAAUCACCCUUACAGCAAACGGAAGAACUCGUUUGAGUCCAAGCCUUAUUAAAAUCACAGAUUCUGACAGCCGCUGUGAUGAAUUAGUAGUAACUGUAUCCUCAGAGCCUUCAAUGGAAGUUGGUUACUUAGAAAACGGUCAACAGUCAGGAAGAAGCAUCUCAGAGUUCACCUGCAGAGAAUUGAAAGAUGGAAAUAUCUAUUUUGUUCACAGAGGGGGUAGUGCUGGUGAAAUUACCCUGGAGGUGUCUGAUGGACAAUCAGAAAGCCAUUCAACUACUUUUAAGUUUUCUGUGACACAGCCACAUAUGACUAUUGUCAUCAACACUGGCCUCCACUUGGUUCAAGGAACAAACACAUCCAUGGGUGUUCAAAAUCUUGCUGUCAUAGCUCAUCCGCGUAAUGGAGAUGUCAUGUAUAACAUCACUAAGCCUCUGAUAUUUGGAGAACUUCAGAUAAUGACAAGCGAUGGAAUAUACAGGCAGGUUACAACUUUCCAUCAGUCAGACCUAGAUCAAAAUCAGCUGAGAUACAUUAGCACAGACUCGAGAAACCAGGAAGAAACUGUGAGCGAACAAAUUCAGUUUGAUGUCCACUUGGGGAAGUUCUCCCUCUGGAACAACACCUUCUUAGUCAAUAUCAUCCCUGCUCAAGUAAAAGUUUCCACUAUGGUCCCGCUGGAAAUGGAGGCUGGUGAAGAGCAAACAAUUGGAUCCACAGAGCUUCAAGCCGAAGUGAUAGGGGAAAACGUAGAUCCAGAAACUGUCAAAUACAUCCUUGUCAAGCUUCCAACACUUGGCAGUCUGAAGCUGUCAGACACAGAGUUGGUUGAGGGUGACAUCUUCACACAGAAGGACAUUUUAGAAAAUACAGUUAGCUACAGGGUACGUGUGCAAAGAGCUGUGGAUAGUUUAGACCAGUUCCAGUUCAGAGUCAUUGCGAAUGAUCAGUAUUCCCCUCUGUACACCUUCCCAAUUACCAUCCUUGCCAACGCCGAUGCUCCAGUUGCUCCAGUUUUGACCAAUGAAAGGCUGUUUGUGUUGCAGGGUGGUGAGCAUACUCUGAACAACAAAUUCCUUUGGAUGUACUCUCCAGGUUCUACAGACAUUGUGUACCGAGUCACACAGGGUCCAAAGUACGGAAGAUUGAUAAGGGACUCCCCUCCCGGGCAGCCUAGAUUUGAGGGGGCAAUAAGAGUAUUCAGUAAUGAGGACCUCCAAUUUGACAGGCUUAUUUACAAGCACGAUGGCUCUAAGACAAGCAGUGAUGAGUUCCGUUUUUCAGCAGAAAGUCAAGACAAUCAAGAAACAAUAAACGAUGUUUUCAGGAUAACCAUCCAAUCCAAGAACGAGCAUGCUCCUGUGAGGGUUGUGGACAAAUUCUUCAAUAUCGUCCGCCACGGUCAGCGCCUGCUAACAACAGAUGUCAUCCAGUUCAAGGACGACGACUCAGGUUUCAAUGACACCCAAAUUGUCUACGCCCGUGAGGGAAUCCUCUCAGGAAACAUUGUCUCAACAUCUAAUCCCUCGCAGCCCCUUUUCCGUUUCACACAAGCCGACCUGAGAGAUAAGAAGAUCCUCUUCAUUCACCACGGAGCAGACCGGGAACGCUUCCCGCUGCAGGUGUCAGAUGGCUUUCACAAGACCACUGCGCUGCUUGAAAUCCAGGCAGGUGAGCCCUACCUGCGAGUUGUAAACAACACAAUCAUUGUCAUCGACCAUGGAAGCACCAAGACCCUUAACACCACACUGUUGAGCGCUGACUCCAACAUGGACGUCAGAGAUGGCAGUGAGAUCAAGUUCCAGAUCACAACGCCACCCAGCAACGGCAAGAUUAUUGUGAGUGGGAUUGAGUCUUCAGAGUUCACCCAGGAGGACCUGAAAAAAGGAGUAAUUUCAUAUGAGCAUAAUUACGAGAGUCUGAGGUCCAAGGACUCCUUCGGCUUCACCGUCCAAGCAAGAGGACAUUCUGAGGAUGGCACAUUUAGGAUAAGAAUAUUCAAGCAAGGUUACUUCUCUGAGCCUGAGUUGGUGAACAAUGAGGUCAUCAUUUCCUAUGAGGGAGAGCACACCGUAAUCAACGAGAACAAUCUCAAGGUGGAUCAAGCUGAUAUACUUCCUACAGAAAUGCUGUUCACCAUUAAAGAGUCUCCUCGUCUCGGACAUGUGGUGAAGCUGACCAACAACUCGGACAGCCCAGACUCGCCUGUCCUCGACUACAUUCACUCCUUCACUCAAGAGGACAUUAAUCAGGGACGCAUUCUUUAUGUGUCUGCAUCCAUCCAGGGCAGUGACGCCUUCACAGUUGAUGUCAGUAAUGGUUUCACUACAGUGGAGGACCUGCACGUCUCUGUAAACAUCGUGCCACGGAUCAUCCCCAUCCAGACCUUCAACUUCACAGUGAAGGAAGGCCUCAGCCGGGCGAUCAAUGCAGAGAUUGUUAACAUCUCACAUCCCUUCUACAGCUCAGCAAACAUCGACUUUGUUGUUGAAGAGGCACCAAAGCACGGGGACAUCCGUUACCUGGAUGGAGACGAACUUGUUUACUUUACAUGGGAAGAGAUAAAACUUGGACACAUCUACUACAUGCAUGACAGCACUGAGAGCACAGAGGACAGUUUUACACUCUCUGCCUCGGCUUAUGAGAUCGACCGCCGGAGCCUCCCUGUCACCAUAUCAGUGACUGUCAUAGCAGUCAACGAUGAGCCGCCAAAACUGACACGUAACACGGGACUGGAGGUUCUUGCUGGAGAGGAGGCUGAUAUCACCUCCAGCAUGCUGAACACCGAGGACGCAGACACCGCCGCAGAGAAACUGGUGUACAACGUCGAGUUGCCGACCAAUGGGAUGGUGGCGUUGAAAGAGGCGCCCGAGGAGGAGCUCCUGAAUUUCACACAGUCUCACAUAAACAAAGGGGAGGUCAUCUUCAUUCAUGAGGGUGAGGAGUCUGGAGGCUUCAGUUUCACGGUGACAGACGGAGAACACACGUCUCCUCUCUACCAAUUUGUCGUCACAGCCAGACCUCUCACCAUCACCAUGGUAACGCAGGAGGAGCUCAUGGUAUUUCCAGGAACAAGGCAGUCUAUCACCAGUGCCAAUCUGGGGGCCGUAACCAAUGAGGAUGGAAAUGAGAUAAGCUACUCUCUGAUCCGCCCCCCUCGUUUGGGAAGACUAAUCCUGGCCAACGACAGAAACCAAUACGAGGAAAUUACCCGCUUCUCACAAACACAGCUGGAGUCAGGCGCGGUGUACUAUGAGCACCAGAUACCUGAGGAUCCUUUUUGGGUUGUGAGGGACUCCAUAGAACUGACUCUGUCCUCCCAACCAGCCCCAGACGUCCGUCACAUUUUGCCCAUCACCAUCUCUUACUAUGCUGCUCACAGCAACAUCUCCUCACAGCUGUGGAGGAACAAAGGUUUGGAUAUUGUGCAAGGCCAGAGGAAAGCCAUUGACGAUUCAAUUCUUGACGCCUCAAAUCUUCUGGCUAUCCUACCUGAAGAUAAGCGGGGCAAUGUGGAUGUGAUUUUCGAUAUGAAGCAUUUCCCUGACCACGGUCGUAUCACCCUUGGUGGUCAGGACCUGUCCAGUGUUGCCCAGUUCUUUAAGCAGCAAGACCUAGCUCAAGGAAAACUGGAGUAUCUCCAUGAUGGCUCUGGUGCUUCCUCUGACAGCUUCUCCUUCAGUGCCAGUCUAAAGUUUAAGGGUGAGUCUGUGGGCUCACCUUCGGAUAUGCUGGUCCAAGAGGAGGUAUUUCACAUCGCAAUCAAACGGCGGGGCUCUGACUCGCCAACACUAGUCACAAUAGACAUGCUCUUGGAGGUUUUCCAAGGCUCCGUAACCGUUUUGUCCCAGAAGCAGUUUAACACUCAAGACGAGGACAGUUCGCCAGAUGAGGUAUACUACAAAGUGACAAAAGCCCCCAGCAACGGUCGAGUGGUUGACCGACUCACAAUGGACCCCAUCUCUGAGUUCACACAGGAGAUGGUCAAUCAUAUGCAGGUGGGCUUCGACAGCGAUGGCAGCCUUUCCGAUGGCUCUAUGGAAUUCAUCGUUUCGGAUGGAGAACACCAAACAGAGCCACACACGAUCCACAUUAGCGUCCUAGCUCGGACCUUGCUUCUUGACAAAGCCCCUGAGAUCAAGGUGAAGCAAGGCGAUGAUGAGACCCUGGUGACUGAGGAGAUGUUGAAGGUAACUACCGGGGGCCCUGUUGAGGAGGACAUCCUUUACAAGAUCACAAGUGUACCUAAGUAUGCAGCUGUUAUGGUAGACCGGCAGCCUACAUCCGCCUUCACCCAGAAACAGAUCAAGGAAGGCAGAGUCAGUGUCCGCUUUGUAAAGUCCACUUCACCUCGGGACAGUGUUGCAUUUGUAGCCCGUAGCAGGGGUGCCAAUGUCACCUCUGUCCUCAACAUCACGGUGCAGCCUCUGGCCAACAUCGCUCAGGAUCCUCUCUUACCUCAAGGCGCACUUGUUAAACUCGACAGGAAGCUUCUGGAUGCAACUCCUUUGGCAAACAAGACGAGAACCAACCCUACAUUCACUGUCAUCCAGCAGCCUCAGGGGGCUCGCUUUGUGUGGUCUAGAGGUCCUGGUGCAGGUCAGCCAGUGGACACAUUCAGCCAAAAAGAGCUAGAUGAGGGCCGCGUAGCUAUGGAAAUCCUAGAGAAGAGCCCUUCUGGAUCACGAGGUAGUGUCAUUCAGGAUGAGGCCCGCUUCCUGCUCAAAGCCCAUGGGGUUCCUCCGGCAGAAUGUGUGUUUUCCUUCCAGACGGGCCCCUACAAUGCCUCGGGGGUCUACCCUGCCACUCUGUUGAGGCUUCCCUUAGAUGACCCAUCAAAGGAAAGUAAUGACAUCCCUGGGGUAGCCGGGUCCCCUCGAUCCACUCAAGCUAGCCCCCGCUGGAAUGGUGACAUGGACUGGCCCAAUGGACAAGCCCCCACCACAGCAUCUGCAGGCGCUGGCACCGACAGGAAUCCACAUGUUUCCCGGCGCAGCAGCUUCUGGUCUAUUCUCAUCCCAAUCCUGGUCAUCCUUCUCCUGUUGCUGCUGGCAGGCGUCUUGGCCUACUACUUGAUUCGUAAAAACAAGACAGGCAAACACAACGUCCAGACGGCAGCAUCAAAGCCCAAAAACGGAGAGGUGGCUACCGGCACAGAAACCUUUCGCAAAACUGACCCGGCCAAUAACAUCCCAAUGUCAAACAUGGACUCCAAAGACGCAGACCCGGAGUUGUUGCAGGACUGUCGGACAACGAACCCGGCCUUAAAAAAGAACCAAUACUGGGUCUGAGACACUUUGAGAUAGGACACAGAGGAAAGUGGAUCCUUGAGUGUUUGGAAGUCUCCUUAAAUCAUUCCUCUCAGUAUUAAAGACCUCUUGCCACACCAGUUUAGAUGAAGAUUAUUUUUUGACACCAUUAGUUAUUUACUUAUCUCAACAUAACUGUGGACAAAUUCUCAGGCAAUGAAACACUGAAUACGUAUUGGCAAAUAAAGAGGCAGUUUCUUAUCCAAGGAGA